AUGGAUGCCGCUGUUGGCUUGGAACAGCUAUUUGCUGUGCAUAGGGACGUGCCCGCGUUAGCCGUGUUGCAACAGCUCAGGAUGGAUUUCAGCCAGCAACAGCCUCAAGAGCUGCUGCACAACCACCGGGAUUGUCUUCAGUUGGGUCGAGCAUCGUACGCAUUGUGCACAGAAACCAAGGUGCAGCGUCUCUGUAAUAUCGCCAACAUAUCCGCGAUCAGCACGAUUCCUCAGCCUGCCAUUCAAAUGGCGCUGUUACGGGACCUUUCUGCCCAGCCUUCUGACAAAGCUCUACAGGCACGAUUCUCUCAGCUCUUUCAGGAGGCUGGCAUUGCACUUGGGGUCGGAGUGUCACCAUCCUCUACACCCCUUAUAGCGCAGGCGCAGCUCAUUGGACAGUGGCAACAGCAGCAGUUCCUGCAACAGCUGCAUGUACAGCAACAGUUGCAGCAGUUUGGCGUCAUGAUGCCGCCACCGCCGCCGCCACCGCCUCCUGCCCCUUCUAUUCCCCCAGCUGCCCCUCCACCCGUUGUCACGUAUGGGGCUGCACCGUGCCAAGGUGUGGCUCACCGUGGAAACGGGGUGUAUGGCGCGGAUAACAGCGAUGACAGCGAUUAUGAGCCACAUACGGAUUCGGGGUCUAAGGAGGAUGAGCUGGAGUACGAUGAGUGUGACCCAAGGGCCGAGAAGAAGGUGUUCUGCACCUUGCAUAAACAGCUUACGGAUUUCCGGACGCUGGUGGGCCUGCACUUCAUUUGUGAUGUGCUGGUGCAGACAGAUGGUGUGUUCAAGCUAAUGCAAGCCCAGCAAUUUAAGGAUUCUGAUGUUGCUGGGACUAUUGCGGCAGUGCAGCACUCUCUGCGGAAGAGCUUCAUAGAUGUGCCGCCAGGGCAGCACACAACUCCUGCCCUGAAGUCCUUUUGGCAGCUUAUGGCGACGACGGGGUGCAAAUCCUUUCAUGGUCACCCCGUGUCGAAUGUCCCUGAGUCACCAGAGAGCAUCAUGCACGACCUCUUCAAGGAGUUCACCGAGAAUCUCAUCAAAUAUCUCGAUCGACGGUUCCCUAACAGCACCUUCUUGUCGGCACUGGCCCUGUUUAAUCUGAUCGAGUACCCGGAUAAUGUGGACGAUUGGGGUGAGGACGCGUCCGAAGCACUGAGGGGCUAUUUCACGGUGCGCCUGAAGGAGAAGAAGCACAUGCAUGAUUGCCAUCCACAAAUCGAUUUCGAGGAGGCCAAGUUGCAGCUGUCCAUGUUUAAGCAUGAGAUGUGGAAGUUGCAGCCAGCUGCUGUGAAGGAUCGGGAGGCAUUCUUGAAGUCUUACGUGGAGCAGCAGCAGGUGCUGUCACAGCUCCUUGGGUGUGAGGAGGUGUUCAGUGUUGGUGAUGAUCGCUAUGAGGGUGCUGAUGCCGCGGAGGGGCUGAUGGAGCGCUCAGUCAGCCUCCAGCCCUCAGCUGCUGCUGACAAUUUCCUUUCCUUUGCUCGCAGCGGGAACGAGAAAAUUCUUGGCAAGCAGGACGGAAAUUACAUGUAUGGUUCUUAA